CUACCAUCCUCAACCACCUCUCCAUCAGCCUCUGACCUCCUUCUUCCUCAGCUUGUUGUCAACGACGACGAAGCACACACACCACUCUCUCUAGCUCGCUCUCGACAGCAUGAAUUUCUCGUCGUAUUUCUUCUCCUCCUCCUCGUCAUCCUCGGAGAAGAAGUCGUCGUCGUCGUCGUCCAAGCAGCGGCGGCAGCAGCAGCAGCAGGCGCAGCCGGACGCCAACACGACGCGGUACCUGGGCGUGCGUCGCCGGCCGUGGGGCCGGUACGCGGCGGAGAUCCGGGACCCGGCCACCAAGGAGCGGCACUGGCUGGGGACCUUCGACACGGCGGAGGAGGCCGCCGUGGCCUACGACCGCGCCGCGCGCUCCCUCCGCGGCGCCCGCGCCCGCACCAACUUCGCCUACCCGGACCUCCCGCCGGGCUCCUCCAUCACCCCCUACCUGUCCCCGGACCUCACCUCCGGCGACAACGCCACGCAGCUCCUCCAGCCAUUCUACGCCGCCGACCCCGCCGCCGCGUCGUCCCUGCAGGCGGCGGCCGCGGCCCCGCCGGCCGCGAACGCCGGGGCGGGAUACGGGUACGGCGCCGGCGCCGGCGACGACUACUACGCCUCCGCCUACGGCUACAACGACUAUAGCGCUGAGGACAUGUCCGCUCUCAUGGACGACCUCGCCAUACCCGACGACCUCACCGCCGAAGACGCCGGCGGCUCCGUGGACAUGUAUAGCGGAGGCGGAGGCGGCGGCAGCGGCAGCGCCAAUGCCAGCUCCGGCAGCGGCGGGGGCGGGUGGUGCGACGCGUCCGAGUUCAGCGCGUACGGUGGUGCGUCGUCCGCCGCCUCGCACGGGGUCUACUUCGAGGAAGGGUACGUGCACAGCCCGCUCUUCUCGCCGAUGCCGGCCGUCGACGACGCCUGCGCCGACGGCUUCCAGCUCGGCGGCUCCUCGUCGUCCUACUACUACUGAUCGUGUGCCGUCUUCCCGGAUCGAUCGACGACCGCCUCUGCGCCCGCCGGUGGUGGACUGUGGCGUGGUGAGUUGCUGGGUGCGCUUAGCAGUUUAAUUACUUCAGUCGUGUCAUCAUAGUAUUAAUAAUACCCCUAUAAUGUACUGUCACUGUAUUUUUUUUCACUUUUUUGGGCCUCCAUCUCCAUUUUCUGGAUGAUGGAUGGGCCUUUCAUAUUGGGCCGUGAUGUGUUCUUUUUAUGCUCCUUUCUCAUUUGUUUUUUUGGGUGCUUGUAUUAGUAGUGAUGAUAUAUAUGUGUAAAAAAUGAUCAGUCGGCAUGCACUCGUGUGUUGCUGGCGCUUCACUUCAGUGUAAUAUCUUUUAUUACCUGCUAUUAUAUGUACAUUUUUUCCCUAG